AUGGCGUACAAUCCCGUUUCCAUGGAUGAUGACGCCAUGGCGUCCUUUGCUGGGGGCUCUUGGCGCCAGAAUGGGGCGGAUCCCGAAAUUACGUCGGAAGGUCAUAUGUCUACCGCCUCCAUUGCUGGCGUUUCUGUCAUUGAUCCGAUGAUGACACCUGGUGAGUUUAUUCGUCGCUGUCAGCAGCAGUAUUACUUUGAGUUCUCGUGGGAGGUGCCGUUUCCGCGGGUGCCCGCGUCACCCUUGUUGUAUAUCCCGGAGGCUUUUAAGGAGUUACUUAACGACCCAGCACCUUUGGGUGUCAUGCAGGCGGAGCUGGACGCUAUGUCUGAGGGUGUGUUAGAACGCAUUCCGCUUGCCUACUACCUGCUCCGUCCAGAGGUGGUCGAGGAGACACGCAAGAUUGCAGUGGAAUGCGAGCAGCGUGUGGAAGAGUUGCAGCGGCAGGCAACCGUCGCUGGUUUAACGGAGCGGUUGACAUGGCGGCCGGAGGAGGUGAAUCCGUACCUGGAGCGGGCUGAUGCCGAGCUGCUGGAUACGGAUAUCGACCUCAAUUUGGUCUUGGAACGUGACAAGCCUUCACUGACGCUUUUGCAGCGUCCCUUGUACACAGACAUGGGAUUGGUCUCUCAGGAGCAGCGACAUCUGGAGCGUCUUGCCCGCAUUGUCCCUGAAACACUGCGAAGCCAACCUUUCUUGUCAUCUUCACUGGACUCACAAGCGGUGGGAGGGACACGGACACCCUCAGAGGGAGUUGGUGUUGGUGGUGGUAUGUCUCCGUCUGGUGGCGAGGAAUUGACGCAGGCACAAAUAUAUAGCAACGGACCACCCGUGACGGGGACACCGCAGCAGUGGUUAGAUGGCAUUCGAAGCUCUUUUCGCUUUGCCCGCACGUUAGACACUCAGUAUGAGAGGCUGCUUGAAUCCGUGGCACAAAGGAAGCUGGGUCUAGACUGUAAGGACCCAGCGGCUAUGAGUCUCACGUGCCGCCUAUGGCACCUGUUAUUUGAGGGAACGAAUAAAGGGCAGCAGCGCGGUUUUUGGAACCAGUUGUGUCGUUUUUCCUCCAACUACGAUGAACGUGGCGAGGUGGUGGACCAACUGAAGCGCGCGGUGUUUGACCUUAAGAUGCCACAUUCACAGUUGUGGCUGACGCUGCUGCGGGAGUACGUGGAUCUUCUGAAGGCAUACACCUUGAGCCUGAGCGGCGGAACAGAACAGCGCAAGGAGCAGCUUCAAAUCAGCGGAAAGGAGUUGGAUCCUUUUGAGCAGGGGGCUUUUGGACCGGAUCUCCAGCCCGGUGCAACGUUGCGGCGAGUGGCGAAGGAACUCGGCACAGAGCGUCAACCGGUGCCCAUUUUCCCAGUGGAGGUGCUGCCAUUGUACCCGGCUGGUUUUGAGAAGGCGGCCGCGGAAAUGGGGGCGGGGGGCCCAGGAUACAUUGAGUACCUGGGCGAGUUAGCGACAGCGCUUCACCAAGUCGUGCUUCCUGGCGCGGUGGUAAGCGAGGAGUCUAGGAUUGGUGGGCCACACGCCUUGGUGAACAACACCAACCUAUUGGUGGCGGACAAAAAGAGUGCCAGACAAGUCAGUCACGGGUUAACUGUCAGUUAUCACACAUCGCGAGAGAACACCUUUGAACCACUUGUUACGGAGGAGAACAGCACCAGCAGCUACCUGGUUCAGAUACGUGCGGGGCAGGGGGGUUCCACACUGGCUGGUACGUCCAGCAUCAACGGAAGACAUGCCGUGUACAAUCGACUCAGCACCCGCAGUCUGUUUGUUAAGGCACCGAACGCAGAGGUGCCGCCAUAUGAACGGUACGUGCUAAUGUUCGGCGCAGAAGGAGGGCGUAAGCGGCCACGUGAGGCUUACGACAAUGUGGAGGAUUCACCGCACUCUGCGCAACGGGGCGAGUAG